CUCAUCACCGCUCAUUUUCUACCUCCAAUCUCUUCCCUCAUUUCAGUUGAUAUCCAUCAAGAUGGUCCAGCUUAACACGCUCCUUACCGGCCUGGCUGGCCUUGCCAGCGUCGUCUCUGCUCAUCCCGGCCACGAUAUCCGUGCCGAAGCUGCUGAGCGCGCUGCCUUCAUGAAGCGUGCUCCUCGUAGUCUGAGCGACUGCUCUGCGAAGCUCAAGGCCCGCGGCCUUGAGAAGCAGAGCAUUGCUCGUCGCGAGAACGCUGUGAAUGCCAUUCGCCAGAAGAGGGGCCUGCAGACCCACGCUCCCCUUCUCAAGGCUCGUGACCUUGACACCAUCCUUAACACCACCCACCACUCGUCUCUGAACGUGAACCCCGAGACCGACCCCAACGUCCUCUUUGCCUCCAACGCCACCUGUGUUCUUGGCCCGGAUGUCACCCAGGGUCCUUACUAUGUGACUGGCGAGCUCAUCCGCAACGACAUCACCGAGACCCAGGAGGGUGUGCCUCUCUACCUGGACAUCCAGCUCAUUGACACCAGCACCUGCGAACCCGUCCCUGAAAUCUACAUUGACAUCUGGCACUGCAACGCUACUGGUGUCUACUCUGGCGUGGCUGCCUCCGGCAACGGUGACUCCAGCGACACCUCCAACCUGGACGCCACUUUCCUCCGCGGUAUCCAGCAGACCGACUCUGAUGGUGUCGUGCAGUUCAACUCCAUCUUCCCCGGCCACUACACCAGCCGUGCUACUCACAUUCACGUUCUCUCCCACUCCCCCAACGAGACUACUGCUCUCCCCAACAACACCAUCUCCGGUCUCUACACCUCCCACGCCAACUACGUCGGCCAGCUCUUCUUCGACCAGGACCUGAUCACCAAGGUCGAGGCCACCAGCCCCUACAGCACCAACACCCAGGAGCUCACUGAGAACGCUGAUGACAGCAUCCUCUCUGAGGAGGCCGACACCAUUGACCCCUUCGUUGAGUAUGUCCUCCUCGGUGACGAUGUGAGUGACGGUGUCUUCGGAUGGAUCUCCCUCGGUAUCGACGUCUCUGAGAACAGCGAGAUCACUCCUGCUGCGGAGUACACUGCUGAUGGUGGUGUCGAGAACGACUCCUCCAGCUCUGGUAUGGGCGGUGGCGGUGGCUCUGCCCCUAGCAGCAGCGGCGCCGCCCCCAGUGCUUCUGCUUAAGUUUUGAUUUGUGUGAGUUGACGGUGAGGUGUUGUUUGUACUUGGUUUUUGCAGAUGUAGGAUAG